UGCGGCACCCGACGUGCCAGCGCCAUGCACCCAGCAGGCAGCAGCUUUUCCCCGGACGAAGAGCCGCUGAUUGAGGAACCCUCAGUGAACAGAGCCAGCCGGCCGAAGCCGAGUGACCACCUCAAUGGGGCUUAUGUGAUCUUCUUCCUCCUGGGCGUCGGGUCGCUGCUGCCAUGGAACUUUUUCAUCACGGCCAAGCACUACUGGGCAUAUAAGCUACAGAACUGCUCAGAGCAGGCAGAACCGGCCCCCUCUGACCUGCGGGAUUACUUUGAGAGUUACAUCUCCAUCGCUUCGACUGUGCCCUCAGUGCUGUGCCUGGUUGGAAACUUCCUGCUGGUCAACAGGGUAUCCGCCAGCGUCCGCAUCCUGUCCUCCCUCUUCAUCAUGCUGUCCAUGUUCCUGGUGAUCACGGUGCUGGUGAAGGUGGAUACAUCCUCCUGGACCACCUGUUUCUUUGCCCUCACCAUUGGCUGCGUGGUGGUGGUCAGCGGUGCCUCCACCAUCUUCACCAGCAGCAUCCUGGGCCUGAGCAGCCGCUUCCCCAUGAGGAACUCACAGGCACUGCUGACAGGUCAGGCCAUGGGAGGCACGGUCAGUGCCAUCGCCUCCAUCAUCGACCUGGCGGCAGCGGCUGAUGUGACUGACAGUGCUCUGGCCUACUUCCUCACGGCGGACAUCUUCCUCAUAGUCUGCAUCAUGGUGUACCUCCUGCUGCCCCGCCUGGAGUACUCCAGGUAUUACAUGGGAAGCCACUGGGAGCACCCAUCACUGGUCACCACGUCACCCAGCAGCCCCAUGGAGGAUGAAGCAGAGCCAGGAGGCCCAGCACACAGCCUGCCCCAAAGCACCGUCGUCCCUCCACUGCGCCCCAUCCUGCACAAGACUGCCGCCCUUGGCUUCUGCCUCUUCUAUGUCUUUUUUGUCUCCAUCAUCAUCUUCCCUUCGCUCUCCUCCAGCAUCCAGUCUGUCCACCAGACAUCGGGCAGCCUGUGGGCCACCAAGUACUUUGUGCCUCUGACAAGCUUCCUGCUGUAUAACUUUGCUGACUGGUGCGGGCGGCAGAUCACUGCCUGGAUCCAGGUGCCUGGCCCCAACAGCAGGCUGCUGCCUGCCCUCGUUCUCCUCAGGACCAUCUUCCUCCCACUCUUCAUCCUCUGCAACUACCAGCCCCGGGCCCACAUAAGGACGGUGCUCUUCAACCGUGACGUCUACCCGGUGGCGUUCACCACACUGCUGGGUCUCAGCAAUGGCUACUUGGGGACGCUGGCCCUUGUCUACGGCCCCAAGAUCGUGCCCAAAGAGCUGGCUGAGAUGCUGGCUGAGUGGAAGCUUUCUUUGGCUUGGCAAACCUCCACGACUUUGCAGCCUGAGCCAGAGCACGACUGGAAACCCCAAACCCCAGCUCGGGGGCCCCAUUCCCGGCAGCUGAGCCGAGCAGAGCCGGGACCCCGCAGCCAGCUCUUCCCCCCACUCCGCCCCGCACAACAGCUCUACUUUGAAACAGCAUCAGCCAGCUGCAGGCUUACCCGGCUGCCGUGCUCCUUCUGA